AUGGAUUUUUCUCAGGCAGCUGAGUGGAGUCGUCAGGUCCAGGUUAGUCCUAUUAAAUGUGUCAUACUUAGCGGUGUUCCCUUAGAUGUGAAGGACGAGACCAUUACCGAGGUAUUAAACACUGUGAAAGCGUUUGGACGUACCCAAAUUCGGGGACGACGAGGAGAUACUACAGGAAUGAAUUUGUUCCUGUUGAUUGAAACUAGCAUUGAAGUUGACCCUAACAUUGUACCUCCAGAAGUAGGCAUUCCUGGAGUGGUGGUCCCUUGGGGUGUUCAUAUCCCUGAAACUGAAGAUCCGGUUGCUCCAGAAGCCACUUUUAAGGAGAAGUUGAUGUUUCUGAUGCAACAGGAAGGGAAGUCAUUGAGUGAUGUGACGUCACUUCUUGAACCAGAACCGUCUCCUAAUGUUGAUGUAAACCUGAACUUAGUGAAUGCCAUUGACCGUCUGGUUGAUAAGUGUACACAGGGGCCAGGUGAUACCCUUACUUACAGGAAACUGAGAGUGUUUUCAGGUGUGCAACCUGUUCCGCCUGGGGAAGAGGAUUAUGAAUCCUGGAUGGAACAAGCAGCUCAGAUGAUUGGUGAGUGGCAAUGUGCUGAGACUGUUAAGAGACAGCGCAUUGUGGAAAGUUUGAGAGGACCUGCCGCUGACAUAGUCAGAUUUUUGAAGGUGAGCAGUCCGACUUCAACUGCUGCUGACUAUCUUAGGGCUCUUGACAUAGCAUAUGGCAGUACAGAGAGUGAGUCAGACCUGAUGGUGAAGUUUGGUAGCACUUACCAAGAGCCAGGUGAGAAACUUUCUGCUUUUCUGUACAGACUUGAUAAGAUUCUUCACCGUAUCUUUCUGAAAGGUUGUGUUCAAGUGGAAGACUUGAACAGAAGACGGAUGGAGCAGAUUAUUAAAGGAGCUCUUACUACUGACAUUGUAGCGAUGAGGCUAAGAGUGACUUACAGCUUGCGUGAUCCGCAAAAUUUUUCAGACCUGCUUAGAGAGGUAAGGGAGGAAGAAAACUGGAUUAAUGCCAGAGAUGGGGCCAAAGUCGGGGCUACUACCACUGCUGUGUCUCGGGUAACUGCCUCAGAGAAGGAGGUAGAGAGCUUGAAAUGUGAUGUGAAAGAAUUGUCAGCUCAAGUGAGUAAAUUGAUGAAAGUUGUUGGAUCAACUUCAGUUCCGGAGUCCUCUUCACAGAAAAAUCUUUCAGUGAUGAGUGCUGAUGCCAAGGCCAGGGAUGCUGUUCCAAACAGAGACCUUGCAUCGCCUGUUAAGCCAGGUAUUUUCUGUUACAAAUGUGGCGAAGAUGGACAUACCAGAAGAGAAUGCAAAGGGGAGGAAAACCUGAGGAAGGUUAACCAGAAGCUUAUUAAACAGAGCCGCUUGCCGGGAAACUUCAGAGGGGUUCUGUGA